UCGGAUGCAGUCCGUGAACGCACCACCAGGCUGGUCAAACUGGACAGGUGAGUUUCACCGCGCCGUGGUUCCCUCCUCUCAGAUCAGCGCUGUUUCCUGCUGCCUCCUCUGUGUUGAGCGGGGGUUUCACUGAUAUCUGACCUGAGAUCAGUGUGAGAGAGACAAAGAGAAGCAGACAGACGGGAUGUAGAGAGGUUACACCGAGAGACACACACCGACACAUAUCAGCAGUUCACAGAGUCCAGGUCCAGAUGUCUUACGGAGGCGGAGCUUCAAGGUUUGAUCGAGUGAGGGAUGUCCCACUCUACGACCAGGUCCCUGUGGGUUCUUUAAUGAGGGACUAUGAUCUCCCUCCGCCCCCUCUACCAAUGCAUGGGCCAAUACCAGCUCUCAGUUUAGACCCCCUUCCUCCUCCACCUCUUCCUUUGGACCCUGCUGUUGGUCCAGAUGGCUAUUAUCCCCCCAGCGAUGACGAGCCUCCGGAGAGCGACAUUGACGCCAUGGACAUCAAGCCGGUCCACCGCUUCAUCCCAGACUCUGUCAAGAAUUUCUUCCGUGUAAGCGGGAACAGCGCCAGCAAGGGGUGGACCGUUCCAACGGAUGCAGACUCCCCCACCCCUUCUUCCAUGGAGGGCAUCCCCUGUCGCACCACAGCAGGAGUGCCCUGCUCACCUCCACACUCCGCCCCUCCCUCUCCGUCCCUCCCCGGCUCCUACAGGGACCCCUAUGGCGGCUCCGGUGGCAGCUACACCUCCCAGAAGGAGCGAGACGGUCUGCUGCUGGGUGCUGAAGCCCUGGACUCUGCGUCUGCCGUGCCCACCAACAUGUCGGCCCUCACCUAUCAUGAGCGGGUGGAGGAGUACCACCAGCGCUACGCCUACAUGAAGUCGUGGGCGGGGCUUCUGAGGAUCCUUGGCGUGGUGCAGCUGCUGCUGGGGGCUGCUGUGUUCGCCUGUGUCUGCGCCUACAUCCAUAAAGACAACGAGUGGUUCAAUAUGUACGGAUACUCCCAGCCGCAGCUGUUUGGAGGGCUGGGUGGAGGAGCUGGAGGGUACGGACAACAAGGGGGGUACUACACGGGCCCGAAGACCCCGUUUAUUUUGGUGGUGGCUGGUGUGGCGUGGAUUGUGACGGUUAUCCUGGUGGUUCUGGGGAUGAGCAUGUACUACAGAGCCAUUCUCCUGGACUCGUCCUGGUGGCCGUUCACAGAGUGCGCCAUCAACCUGGUGCUGGCGGUGCUCUACCUGGCGGCGGGGAUCGUGUAUGUGAGGGACACCACCCGAGGGGGGCUCUGCAACAUGCCGGUCUUCAAUAACGGCGUGAACGGAGCGUUCUGUCGCACGGAGGCUGGACAGACCGCGGCCAUCAUCUUCCUCUUCCUCAACAUGGUGCUGUACUUCAUCAGUGCGGUGGUGUGUCUGAAGCUGUGGAGGCACGAAGCGGCGAGAAUGAGGAAGGAGGCGCUCGAACAGGAGAUGAAAACUAUCGGCUCGUCCGUCCCUCUGUCUAUCCUGGGUCUGGGCUCCUCCAGGGCCUCGGAUCAGACUCCUCUGCCCACCAUCCAGCCGGACAUCAUGGACUCCACCAACAGCUCUGUUAACGUUCCUCUGAUGGCGCCAGAGAUCCUCCGAGGUCACAUCCCAGCCGGACACAUCCCCAAGCCUGUGGUCAUAGCAGACUAUGUGGAUAAAUACCGCGCCAUCCGCUCAGACGAGCAGAGGGAUCAGUACAGAGCCGUCUUCAACGACCAGUACGCCGAGUACAAGGAGCUGCACGCCGAGGUCCAGGCCAUGAGCAAGAGGUUCAAGGAGAUGGACGAGAUGAUGCAGAGCCUCGCCGCUCAGCCUUCGAGCCAGAUGGACAAGGAGCGGAUCAACGGCGUUUUAAUGGAGUACAAGAGAAAGAAAAACGACCCGACGUACCUGGAGAAAAGGGACCGGUGUGAGUACCUGAAGAGCAAACUGUCUCACAUCAAACAGAAGAUCCAGGAGUACAACAAGGUCGCAGACUGGAACGAUGACGACCACUGAACACAACCACUGUUUAACAUGAACACACCUUCAUUUCAUAUACACACACACACACACACACACACACACACACACACACACACACACACACACACACACACACACACACACACACAUUAUGUCUGGAAGAGAACAUGGGACUGAACUCAGGGAGACGACAGGUGUCUCUCUGGUCGUGGAUGUGCUGUAGUCUCAUGAGAGCAGGAGGCGUUCAGGUGUCAGCAGACCUUCACUGAGUUUCAACUCAGAGGUGAUGAAGGUGUGAGGAGUUGCACUGUGGAGGUUAUAAGAACAUGUUUACCGUUGGCUGUUUUUGUAUAAACUUUCUCUUUUUAUCUGUGAGGCACAUUAUGAACUCUGUCAUGUUAGUAAAGUCACAGAGUGGAAUCUGACUAAUGGGUGUUUUAGGAAUGUUUUAAUCCCUCAGCCUUUUUGUACAGCGACAUGUUUGAUGUGCAUGUUAAUGUUCAGCAUCAUAACUGUGAGUCCAAUGAUUUAUGCCAAUGAAGCACAUUUUAUACAGA